AUGCCAGACGUCAACAAGCUCGACACCCCCCCAGCAGCCACGCUGGCCCCCUCGCACACCUCCCGCCCCGCAACCCCCUCCCCCUCCCCCCGCACCAACAUCCACGUCCGCCGCCCCUCCUCCUCCCUCUCCCUCUCCUCCGUCACCUCGCGCCGCACCCCGCCCGACCCAACCCUCCCGCAGCGCCUCCCGCGCCACCACUCCCCGCAGGAGGCCGCGGCCUUCACCGAGCUGCACCAGGAGCUCGAGACCGAACAGGAGGCCCAAGUCAACCGCCUCCUGAACCUCAUCCGGCUGCAGCACCUACAGUCCGACGACGGCAUGUCCACGGCGGCCACCAUCGACUCUGCGUCCACGACCGCGCCGGCGAGCCGCCGUGGGUCCGGGAGGCUCUCGAGGGAGAAUUCGGCGAGGAGGCCGAGUGGGUCGGGGAUUGUGGCGGCGAGCUUUAUUGGUGAUGAGGGGGCGGCGGGCAGCGGGAAUGUGCCGUGGUUGGGGAGUGCGCACUCGGAUAUGGCGUUUUAUGUUGCGGAGGCGCAGAUGCUGGCGAGGGAGAAUGAGAUGCUGAAGAGGAGGAUUAGGGAGCUGGAGAGGCAGGUUGCGGAGUUGGGGGCGAAGGCGGCGGGCGGGGGGGAGGGGGUUGGGUUAGGGGUGGCAGUGGGAGUGGGAGUGGCGGUCGGGGAGGGGGAGGGGGCGGUGGUGGAGCAGGGGCUGCCGGAGGAUUUUGUGCAUGCGCUGUAG